AUGGAAGAGAGAAAUGGUUGUGAGAAACUUGAUGAGGUUAUGCUUCCAGGGUUUAGGUUUCAUCCAACUGAUGAAGAACUAGUUGGAUUUUAUCUCAAGAGAAAGAUUCAACAACGCCCUCUUGCUAUUGAGCUCAUCAAACAGCUUGAUAUUUAUAAAUUUGAUCCUUGGGAUCUUCCAAAGUUGGCAAGUACUGGAGAGAAAGAGUGGUAUUUUUACUGUCCAAGAGACAGGAAGUACAGGAACAGUGCAAGACCUAAUAGGGUAACAAGAGGUGGGUUUUGGAAAGCUACUGGAACAGACAGACCUAUUUAUUCCUCAGAGGGUUCUAAGUGUAUUGGUUUGAAGAAGUCAUUAGUUUUCUACAAAGGUAGAGCUGCUAAAGGAGCCAAAACUGAUUGGAUGAUGCAUGAGUUUAGACUACCUUCUCUUAUUGACUCAUCAUCAUCAUCUCCAAGAAAAUAUGUAGACAAAACCAUUCCUGCUAGUGAAUCUUGGGCAAUUUGCAGGAUAUUCAAGAAAACCAACGCAACAGCUCAAAGAGCACUCUCUCACUCAUGGGUCCCUCCUUUACUUGAAACAUCAACCUCCAACGUUCUAGCAAAUGAUGCAAACCACAACCAAUUUUGUUCACCAAACAUGAUGUUGACAAAGAAACCUAACUUUGCAAGCCAAUUUUGUACUACUAAUAACCACAAUAACUCAACACAAAACUUAACCUCUUCUAGUGGCACAGCACUAUGUCCUUUAGAUGUUCCAUCGUAUCAUAAUAAUAAUAAUAAUCCAAUCAUUGAUCCACUGAUUUACAAACCCUUAUACCGUUUACCGAUUUCGAAUGAUCAAGACCUUAACCUUAGCACCGGCUUAGUAUUCUCUUCUCCUCUUGAAACAUCUUGUAACAAAACUUCAAUGGAUGUUUCUUCCUUGCUAUUGGGCAUGUCAUGUGAAGGAACAACCUCAAACUACGUUGACCAUUACAAUAAUGGAUAUCCAUUGAUGGCUAAUAGUAUUCCGAAUGUGAAUGUGCAAGAGUUGGAGAGAGUGAGAUCCAUUGGAUUCCCAUUUAGUGUGCCUUUUAAUAUUGGUGAAGCAUGGAAGUCAAGUCUUGUUUGGGAUGCCGCUUCUUGUACUUCUGAUGAACCCUCUAGCUAUUCUACUACCAAGUGUUACACUUAG